AUGGAGACUUCACCUCCGGAAGCCGAGAAAUACGACGCCACGCUCUUCGCCGUACAGUCAAACGGUGACUUAAGCACCCUUGCACUCACUCGCAAUGGCAAAUCUUACAACCUCUCCGUAACAUCAACGAUUAGAGAGUGUGGCAGUAACCCUUCAUGGCUUAACAUUGAUUCGAAGCAGCGGCUUCUGUACUGUCUGGACCGCGGCCAAAGUAACGCCACAGAAGGCUCACUCAACUCAUUCAGCAUUGAUAGCGAAGGCGCGUUGAGCAAGAUCGACAGUGUCGAUGCACCAUUCUCAGGCGUAGCAGCUGAGUACUUUGAUAUCGGGGGUGGGAAGAGAGGAUACGUUACCGCAAGCUACAACAAAUCUGCCAUCGCAGCCUUCUCAUUCCCCUCCACCGGCUCACUAGAACCCCAAGCACAGAUCCUAUACCCAACAUCCAACACCACAGGCCCGAUACCGAGUCGCCAGAACGGCAGCUACUCGCACCACGUCAUCCUCGACCCGACUCGGAAAUACAUCCUCAUUCCUGACCUUGGCGCUGACCUUAUUCGCGUUUUCACGUACCACCACGAGACCGUCGCACCACUCACCGAAUUGCCUCCCUUGAGGACGGAAGCUGGCGCGGGCCCGAGGCAUGGCGUGUUCUGGAAAGCACCAGGGCGGGGCAAAGAGGGAAACUGUUAUCUGCUUUUCAAUGGCGAGCUGAGUCAAAAGGUGUACUCGUACCGCAUCAGUUACACGCCCAGCGGUUUGGUGUGGGAGAAGGUGUUUGAGGCAACGGCGCUGGGGGAGCUUGGGGAGACUCUGGAACCGAAUACGGCACCGACAAGUGAGAUCGCUGUCUCUCCUGAUCAAAGAUUUGUAAUCGUAAGUAGUCGGCAGCACUCGUUCAACUUGUCUCCCCUAUAUCAGAAGGAGCCGAGUGACUCGCUGUCGACGUUCAGGAUUCAAGAUGACGGCACAUUUUCUCUCGUCCAGAUUGCUCCUUCAGGUGGCUACUUGCCGAGACAAUUCAGUCUGAAUAAAAAGGGAGAUAGGCUCGCGGUGGGUCAUCAGGGGAAUAGUACUGUGGUCGUCUGGGACCGGGAUGUUAGGAGUGGAAGGAUCGGGGAGAAGGUGGGGGAGACGAAAGUCAGGGGACCGGUGGUAUUUGUUGGGUGGGAUGAGUAG